AUGAUGAAGGGACUUUUUAACUACGAAACGGCAUAUCGCAAGUAUACCCGGAGUUGCUUAGAGGAUUUUGUUCGGGACAACAUCCAGUACGCUGAGAUUCGACCGAAUUUUAUGGAGACAAACCAGCUUUGGACUGAUGACGGCACACAACAAAUCAACAAUGUGGGUAUCAUGAAAAUCAUUAUCGAGGAGUAUGAAUCUUUCCAGGCUACAACCGAAGAUUACUUUGGCGGACUGAAAGUCAUUUACUGUACACCACGAUCGUUUCCCAACAAAUCAGUUGAAUUUGCUCUUGCUGAAUGUCUAACAUUCAAGCAGAAGUGGCCCCAAUGGAUUGCUGGUUUUGACCUGGUUGGUGAGGAAUCUAAGGGGCGGCCUUUGAAGGACUUUGUUCCCGAGUUCCUAGAGUUUAGAAAGAACUGCGACGACGCCAAGGUUGAUAUCCCGUUCCUUUUCCACUGCGGCGAGACGACAGAGAUCGGUAACGAUACCGAUAGCAACCUUGUGGACGCCUUGCUGCUUAACUCAAAACGUAUUGGCCACGGCUUUGCUCUCGCCAGACACCCUUACAUUAUGGAACAUAUGAAGAAGAGAGGUAUCUGCCUCGAGGUUUGUCCAAUUUCAAACGAGGAGCUUGGUCUUACGCCAAGGAUUACGGGACACUCCAUGUACAACCUCCUCGCAAAUAACGUACAUUGUACGCUGAACUCGGACAAUGGAACAAUAUUUCGAUCAAGUCUUUCUCACGAUUUCUACCAAGCUAUGGUUGGCAAGACGGACAUGACGUUGCACGGUUGGCGGCAACUUAUCGAAUGGAGUUUGGAGCAUUCAUGUAUGUCCAAAGAGGAAUUGGAGGCCGUGCGAAUAGAGUGGGAGACACGAUGGGAGAAUUUUCUCGAUUGGAUCAUCUUCGAGUACGGCGGCGUGCAGGUGCUGGAGGAAAAGUCGAAGACAUACACCUAA